AUGUUGCGUGAGAAUCAGCUUAAUUUGAUCCAGAAAGUGUGUGAGCUCAUCAGCGAAGUGAGAGCAGAAUGGAUGGAUCACAUGAAGGACCUAAAGAAAAAAUGGGGCUCGGCCAGACCCGAUGAAGGAAGGAAAGAGAGCACAGCCAAAGAGCAGCUACGGGACUUGGAGCAGGAGAACUGCAGCCUGGCCGCCCUGGUGUGCAAAGCCAGGCGCCUGGGCCGCUGGAGGCUGGCUGUGCAGCAGGCUCGCUUCCAGGGCCAGCUGACCAGGGCCCAGAAGGAGGCUGCACAAAGUAAAAAGGAGUGUGUGAGCGCCAAGCUGAUGGCAGAACAAGAAGUGGUUUUAUUUCGCCAACAGCUACUGGCCCUGAGGCAGGCCCUGGCCCGGGCUCAGGCCCGCAACGUGAGGAUGUGCGAGCAGCAGGAGAGCCAGGCUCGGUUGCUGAAAGAGUUGGAACACAAAAUGACCCAGGAAUCUCUCCACCGGCAGCAGCUGGAUUUACUGAAAACCUCCAGCAUGGAGAGGCUCUUGGAAGAUGUGGAGCAAAAGGAACAGCACCUGCAGCUCCUCGCUGAAGAGGCCGAGCGGGCUGCUAGACGGGGCCAGCUCCAGAGGAGGAAAACAGAGCGAGAACUCCAGCAGAUGAGAAGGCAGCUCGCCCAGGAGCGCAGCGUGAAGCUGGACGCUUUCCAGCGCGUGGAAGAGCUCCAAAGUCAGCUUACUGACGCUGCGAGGUCCUCUGUCCCGAUGAGCUCACCCGGAGGCCUUAUACCCCGGGCUCCGUACUUCCUCAGUUCUGCUUCUGCAUCAUCCAGAUACUCUCAGCAAGACCUUCUAAAGACUAGUCUUAUGGGCAAUAAAAUAACAAGAAGGAUUCAGAGGCCAAAGACUGUACCUACUAAACACAAAAAAAGGCCUGACGAUGUCUUCCUACCCAGUGUGUCAGAAAAUGUUCAAUUUUCAGCUUUUCAAGUUCAAACAGCUCCAUCUAGAAUCCCAUUUAGACCUGACUGGUAA